UAAUCAAAACAACUUCGUUAUUACCAGAGAAGAGAAGAAAGAAGAAGAAGGUGAUGGAGAACAUGACCAAGAAGAAUUUCAUUCUGGUGCAUGGUGUAUGCCAUGGUGCAUGGUGUUGGUAUAAGCUCGCGACAUUGCUAAGGUCGGUGGGCCACCGAGUCACCGUGCUUGAUCUCGCUGGUUGUGGGGUGAACACCACUCAACUCGAUGAGCUCCACACAAUCGACGACUAUGUGAAACCUUUGAUGGAAACAAUGGCCUUAAUCCCUCCUCAAGAAAAGGUGGUGCUCGUUGGUCAUAGCUUCGGUGGCUUUGUUCUUUCACUAGCCAUGGAGAGGUUCACUGAAAAGAUCUCAGUAGCCAUUUUUAUUUCAGCGUUGAUGCCAGGCCUGGCAAAUCCGCCUGCUAGCUUAAUGGAAGAGAAUUUGAAGAGGAACCCAUUGGAUUCGCUGUCUGAUUCUAAGAUGUCCUUUGACAAAGGAGAGGACAAACUUCCCACUUCAUUCAUCUUUGGCCCCAAGUAUCUUGCAUCGCAUUUAUAUCAAUGUUGCCAGCAUGAGGAUCUUACACUAGCCACCAUGUUAAUGCGGCCAGCACGAUUGUACAUUGAAGACCUAUCAAAGGGUGGUAUCCUUUCCGAUGAGAAUUAUGGGUCUAUUAAUCGAGUUUACAUCAUAUGCAAGGAAGAUUUAGUGUUUAAAGAGGAAUUCCAACGUUGGAUUAUUGAGAAUUACCCACCAAGGGAGGUGAAGGAGAUUGAUGGUUCUGAUCAUAUGGUCAUGCUGUCAAAGCCACAGGAGUUGCGCAAAUGCCUGCUUGAAAUUGUUGAGAAAUAUGCUUGAUUAUCUUCUUCCCUGUGGGUUCCAAAAGUAAGUAGCUUUUACAGUUUUUGAGAAAUGAAUUGAUGCUUAUCUUUCAUACAUUGGCUCAUCUCGACUGUGUAUAAUGCCAGUAGCAAGGAAAAUAUUUUCUAGAAAUUGUUUUA